GAUGAGGAGGUACAAGCCCUCAACUCCAUAUACGGAGAUGAUUGGUCCGUGGAGAGCGAGGUGGCCCGGACGUACCGGGUGCGCAUCCGGGAGCUGGCUCACGUCGUGCUCCUCGUUGUCACCAUGUCUCCCGGGUACCCGGGCCAGGCGCCUCCGGAGUAUGAGCUCUCCGCCCCUUGGAUGGACCGGGCGGCCAAAACCCGGUGGGCAGCUCCUUGCACCUGCAAAUGUUCUGACAACGGCGAGGCGCACGCGGCCGCAUGCUACACCUCAUGGAGCACUAUCCUGCAGAAAUGCAGUGACGAGAGCGAAGCUCCCUAUGGAAGUAACCAGACCACACACGAUGAGGAGGUACAGGCCCUCAACUCCAUAUACGGAGAUGAUUGGUCCGCGGAGAGCGAGGUGGCCCGGACGUACCGGGUGCGUAUCCGGGAGCUGGCUCACGUCGUGCUCCUCAUUGUGACCAUGUCUCCCGGGUACCCGGGCCAGGCGCCUCCGGAGUAUGAGCUCUCCGCCCCGUGGAUGGACCGGGCGGCCAAAACCCGGUGGGGCAUUUUGGCAAGGCUUAAGUCGAACUGGAAGAUCGCGAACGUAAUAUUCAGUAUAAUAUUUGCGUAUCGGAUCGACUGUUCGGCUGGCCAUGGCGUAGCACUAUCCUGCAGCAAUGCAGUGACGAGAGCAAAGCUCCCUAUGGAAGUAACCAGAGGACCGCAUACGUUGGUGGGCGUCACUCGGUGGUAA